CCGCGCUAGCCAGCGGCCCCCUCGCUGGCGGCUGCCGGUCCCAGCCUCCCUGGGUUCCGGCGGCGGCGGGGCGGCUGCUGCCCUCUCUGCGGGCGCCGGGGCCAGGUGAGGAGUGAGCAGCGUCCCGGGCAUUGGCAGCGCGAGCCAUUCCGGGGGGGCUCCGCUCUGCAUUCCCCCCCCCCCGGAGCGGAGCAUGGCCGGAGGCGGCGGGCAGCGCCCCCUCUAGCAGUGCCCGGUGCUGGCGUCGCCCGAUGGUGCACGGACCUCCCUCAGGCUCACCGGGCUGGGGUGCCGCCCGCUUGCCACGUCUGCCUCUUGGCCCUUAACCGGAAAUGCCCUUGUGGAGCCAGCGCCCUGCCCUGCGGUGCCCUCUUCCCCCCAGCACCAGCACCAGCACCCCUCCCUGUGCCCCUGCCGCCCCCUGGUCUGCACCAUGACAGGGGCCCUGCUUGCUUCCUGCGGAGGGGUGCACGGCAGGCGGAGCAGCUCUGGCUGAGGGAUGGCCUCUCUGGACCUGCCCUACCGCUGUCCGCGCUGCGGGGAACACAAGCGUUUCCGGAGCCUCUCCUCGCUGCGGGCCCACCUGGAGUACAACCACACCUAUGAGACCCUCUACGUCCUCUCCAAGACCAACAGCAUCUGCGAUGCCACCGUCUUCCCCUUGGCAUCCGACGCCACCCUGCUGACCCCAGCUGCCCGCCGGGACAUCUUCGAGAGCACCUCCUUCCAGGGCAAGGAGCAGCGCUUUGCCUGCGACCUCAUCUCGGCUGACGAGCUGGAGCCCACCUCUUCCUCUGCAUCCUGCUACGUGCACGAGAUCGAGAUCCCGCUGACUGAGAUUUUCACCCGCAAGGCCAUGAGUUCGGCCACCACCCCUCCUGCUGCUGCCGCGGUGGACACCACCUAUGAGGAAGGCCUGACCCGCCUGAAGAUCCGGGCCUUCGAGAAGCUGGAGGUGGACAAGCGGCUGGAGAAGCUGACAGAAGAGGUGGAGCAGAAGAUUGCCUCGCAGGUGGGCCGGCUGCAGGUGGAGCUGGACCGGAAGAGCUCGGAGCUGGAGAAGGCCAAGCAGGAGAGCGUGAGGCUGAGCCGGGAGAAGCAAGAGCUGGAGGACCGGGCAACGGAGCUCUCCCGCCAGGUGGACGUCAGCGUGGAGAUGCUGGCUUCCCUCAAGCAGGACCUGGUGCAGAAGGAGCAGGAGCUGACCCGCAAACAACAGGAGGUUGUCCAGAUAGACCAGUUCCUCAAGGAGACGGCAGCCCGCGAGGCCAACGCCAAGGUGCGGCUGCAGCAGUUCAUCGAGGAGCUCCUGGACCGAGCCGACCGGGCGGAGAAGCAGCUCCAGAUCAUAAGCAGCAGCUGCAGCACCACCCCCAACACCAGCCUGGGAAGGUGCAGUGUGCCCGGCUCCAAGGGCGCCAGCAGACCGAGAGACAGGCACGCCGGCCCCGGGGCAGCUGCCCACAGCUCCUACGUGGAUUCCAAUCAGAGAUCAUCCUCUAGCACUGGGGCCUCCAGCCGGAUGAAGGCUGUCUCCCAAAGCUCAGGCUGCUACGAGAGUGACGGCGCCGAGCUGUACCAGCCGGAGGAGAAUGCCGACGGGCACCCCUACCACAGCGGGCAAAGCCGGGGCAUGGACGGCGGCUUCGAGCGGCCGGUGGUGGCCCGCAGCUCAGGGCUCCGCAGGCAGGCCAUCCAGAACUGGCACCGCCGGCCCUACCGCGACAGCACCGAGGGGGAGGAGGGAGACAUCUCGGACGUGGGCUCCAGGACAACCGAAUCGGAGGCCGAGGUGUGGGAGCAAGACCCCCGCAUCCCACCGGAGGCAAACCUGGCAAGGCCCCUGAACAGCUGCAAGCUGACGGCCAGGUCCGAGGGGGGCGGCGGGAAGGCUGUCCGGCCCGAGAGAGGCAGCCCGUCCCGCUCCAAUGAGGUGAUCAGCCCGGAGAUCCUCAAGAUGCGAGCUGCUCUCUUCUGCAUCUUCACCUACCUCGACACCAAGACCCUGCUGAAGGCUGCUGAGGUCUGCAAGGACUGGAAGUUCGUGGCGCGCCACCCUGCCGUGUGGACCCGGGUGCUGCUGGAGAACGCCAGGGUGUCGUCGAAGUUCCUGUGCAUGCUGUCACAAUGGUGCACCCAGACGCACUCCCUCACGCUGCAGAACCUCAAGCCGCGGUUGAGAGGGAAGAAGGAGAGCAAGGAGGAGUACAUGAAAAGCACCCGGGGCUGCCUCGAAGCCGGGCUGGAGUCCUUGCUGAAGGCCACGGGCGGUAACUUGCUCAUCCUGCGGAUUUCCCACUGCCCCAACAUCCUGACGGAUCGCUCCCUCUGGCUGGCCAGCUGCUACUGCCGGGCGCUUCAAGCCGUCACUUAUCGGAGUUGUACGGACCCUGUGGGGCAUGAAGUCAUCUGGGCUUUGGGAGCAGGCUGCAGGGACAUCAUCUCGCUACAGGUGGCGCCACUGCACCCUUGCCAGCAGCCGACACGUUUCAGCAACCGCUGCCUUCAGAUGAUCGGCCGAUGCUGGCCGCAUUUAAGAGCGCUGGGUGUCGGUGGCGCGGGCUGUGGAAUUCAGGGACUGGCUUCUUUAGCCCGGAAUUGCAUGAGGCUGCAGGUGCUGGAACUCGACCACGUGACGGAAAUUAACCAGGAGGUGGCGGCGGAGGUGUGUCGGGAGGGCCUGAAGGGCCUGGAGAUGCUGGUGCUGACCUCCACCCCUGUCACCCCCAAAGCCCUGCUGCACUUCAACAGUGUCUGCCGGAACCUGAAGUCCAUUGUGGUGCAGGUGGGCAUUGUGGACUACUUCAAGGAGCCGAACAGCCCCGAAGCCAGGAAGAUGUUUGAGGAGUUGGUGAACAAACUCCAGGCCCUGAGGAAAAGACCCGGCUUCUCAAAGAUUUUACACAUUAAGGUGGAAGGAGGCUGUUAGCCCUGCAGGGAACGACGACACGUGUCCUCCUCCGUCCACCUGAGCAACAGAGACAGUGAAACCAAACCCACCGUCCGCCCUUUGUUUGAAACCCGGAGCCACAAAGAGCCAGCCAACGCACACAACUCAUGCAGGCCUUAGUGACUGGAAGUGACCCCUUCCCUUGGUGGGGCAGGGUAUAUAACAUAUUGCGGACGUGACGGUGCUACAAAGGUAGCUUCUCGGCCUGCCAGAGAGAGCCCGGCUGCUCUCUUUCUGCCUGAAGAAUUGGGCCGGACACCUUAUUGCCAAGGAGCUUUGUGUUGGGGACAUUUGUUUCUUUGAGCCUCGCUUUCGUUUAGUGGGAGCUGGGGAUCUCAGUGAUGCGGCACGUGACCCAAUCAAGCACAGCUUCCCCCUCCUUGCCACCUGAGUGGAUGAGUCUAAGACUGAGGUACAGCCAGGCCCCGCACUGGCCAUACGUUGACGGUCCCGCCGUCGGGAUCAGUAAACAGCGCUGGGGAAGUCGGAGCUCCCUGCACAGCCUUUCUUGAUGUGUGGCUCGACUGAAUCCCAACUCCCAUCCGAGCUCCAUUUUAGGGGGGCGGGGGCAGUGCCACCAGGUGAACCAAGGCCCAGCAUACUGUACAUUUUACACUCUUUUUUUUUUAAUUUACCCAACGUGGGUAAGUGCCUCCCUCAAGCCAGCAGCCACAACAGCACAACCACAAAAUACAAAGCUCCUCUUGCUCAUGACUCUUGGGGCGCCUUGGGAAGCUAGCUGGCGACAUGGAGCUAACUCCUCUGCCAAGGACACCAAUCCAGCCUCGUCUCCUCUUCACCCAGUAAGGAAGCCAAAUUCCCUUCCUGCAAAGGCAAUAAACCAUUUCAUCAGGGGAAUCACAUGGCAUCAGGGGAAUCACGUGUCCUCACAAGCACUCACAAGCAUUCCCUGGCUCGUCCCCAGGGCAAGGCGUCCAUCUUCCACAAGGCAGCUCAUUCUGGGGUAAAUUGCCCGCUGUUGGCACAGAGAUGGACUAGCGCCUAGGAGAAGAGUCAACAUUGCUGCUCGGAAUACAGACAGACUUCUGCCAUGGCACGUCUCUCCCCAACCAGCUUUAAGUAAGAUCCUUUGGCUGAAAUUCUGAUCUGCAAAGAUCUACUGUUCUGUCAGUGACAAAGCCCCUGCCUUGAUCAGCGAUGGCAGCCCUUGAUGUAUUCAUUACCCAUGGGCACCUGUUUGUACCAAACCUGUUCUUUUUGCAAAAGUUGAUCUUAUUACCAGACAGGAGAACUCACUCCCUCCAAAGGAAAUGGCUUCUUGAGGGUCUAUGUCUCUUUACACUCCACUUCCAGAGAGAAGCAGCCAGCAGGUUUCCAUGCCACAGGGUGAUAGCUAUAGGAGCGUUGCCAUCACCGGGGUGAUGCAACAGCUCUGAUCUUUAAAAAGCAACAACCCCCCCUCAACUGCAAUCAACGUUUGAGCCAUGAUAGAGGAGCCUGCUUCCUUGCCCCAAUGAGAGAUGGUGUGCUAGUCAGUGGUGAAAGCACCAUGCCGUGCCCACAGUACUCUUACCCUGUCCUGCCUUCCGGAGACAUAGAAACUAGCUGACCUAGGUGGUGGAGGUGGCACUCAUCAUCCAGUCUGGGCUGCCGGUAUCAAGAAGCCAUCAGACACCCAGUGUGGGACUUGGCCAAAGUUGGGUCUCUCUCAGGAUGACGGGGGUGCGGUGGCGGUUCCAAACACCUUCCUCCUCCAUCCGCCCUUUGCCAAGCGGCCAAUAGGUGUGGCACCUUCUCUGGUUCCCCUUCGUAGGAAUGAAGAGAUGGUCGGAGGCCUUCUGAGCCAGCAGGACAAGCUGGCCCUCUUGCAGUGGGUAGGAUCCAGGACAGCCUCCUACAUACUGAUGUGUCAUGAGAGCGCCAAUCUCAGAAGUUCCCAAAUCUGGAGAAAAUUGUGUGGGGAGGGAGGAAUCUAGGAGUUAAUCCAAGACCAACCCAAACCACCUCGCCCCUGGUAACUUCAGCACAAACCCCCUGCGCUUCAGGGGCAGGCUUUCGAAAUCCAAAACCAGAUCCGGCUCUGAAUUUUGCAAACAGGCUCUCCCUUCGUAACGGGCUGAACCGAACUCCCCGAUCGAAGCGCCCAUUAACUAAGGGUGUUUGAAAUCCAGAUCCAGCCGUUAGGGGGCUCGAGUCCACUGCUGGAUUUAAUUUGUCUCCUCUGAAAGCAGGGUGGGUUAGUUAGGGUUUGUUUUUGUAACACACAACUCUAGAUCAGGGACACCCAAACUUCGCAAGCUGAUGGUAGCUUUCCAGGAGUAUGGGAGCUGCACUUAAUGUGCAUAAAAUGGAGCCAGAGAGGCAACAAGAGGAGAUUACCAGUCCCAGCAUACAGUGCACCAUCCUUACUCUUAGUGGCAUCCAGUUGGAACCAUUGCAUGCUGGGAUUUGUAGUCACCUUGGACCUCUUGAAAAAUAACGGUUGGCCAUAUUGUUGAAGUCUGCAGUUCUGUCACUGCCCUCUCUGCAUGGGAAGGAAUAUGGGGAAAUGAGCAAGGACUUUUAAGCAAAUCCACAGGCGGGGGGGGGGGGGGGGGAAGGACGCCACAACCAGCAAAAAGAGAGAAGCUACAAUACAGGGGAAAGGAGAACAACGCAGCCUCCAAAAAGCCACAUUUUGCUACCUUUUAACACAAGUCAGACUAGUGGCUACAAGUCCUGUAAACUGAGAUGUCACCUUCUGACAUUGUGCAGAGACUAUGGAAUGACCUUAAAAGAAGCAAAGUAAGUAUUUAUUUCUGUAAACAAAACAAAGAAGACUUUAAAGAAAAAUUAUAUACUCAGCAUGUUUAUACACUAUGCUUAAAGACUAUCCUAUCUGAGAGUCAUGUCUGAAGACUGAAGAGUCUUGCUGCUAGCUCAAUUUUUCUGUCUCCAAUACUAUUCAAGCUGUUUCCAAUAGCACAUGGGAAGCCUGCCCAUCUGACAUCGGGAGAGUUAGGUAUGUUCUGUGGCAGAUUUCUUUCCUGGUUUGGAUGGAGUGCGGGGAGGAGGGGAGCCGAAAAUUCUUUGAAAAUGUUAUUUACUGGUUUUGAAAAGUCAGACUUUUUUUAUAGUAUUUUCUGCUUGUGGAUCACGGUGCAGUGGUGUGUGGUUCGUCUGUGUGUGACACACAUCCCUUCCACCCUUCACUUGGCUUUUGUGAAUCAUGGUCAUGCAUUGUAGUUUGAAUUUGUUACUUCACUGUGCCAUCUUCCCCCACCUAGAAAACGAACGGGUCAUGGGCUCAAGUCCUUCUUCGGACUUGUGCCUUCAUGUUCUGUGGAAAUCCUUUAAUCAAAAACUACAUGUGCACACGCACGCACCCCCAAACGAACCAGUCUUUUGGGCAUAGAAAAUGAAAUGUAAGCCACACCAUUUAUAUAACAUCUGAUCAGUUAUAGUAAUGUCUGCAGUGCUUUGAAGUCGAAAAGCACUCUAGCCAGUAGCUAAGGAUCAUUACUUGCAUGGUACAAUACUUCAAAGAGAGACCACUUUUUCUUACAGCUUGUGUAGUUAGCCUGAGGGACUCACUGCUGCAGAGGCAGAGAAAGAGUCAGAGAAUUGGACACGUCAGGACAUGAUUCUGCCGUUCCAUUGUUAGAACGUGGCCUAGUUUGGAACCCCGAAGCUGAGUGCCCCAAACCUGCGAAGAGAUCCCCUUGCAGUUUGGGUGUGAACUGCUGAACUGAAUUUGCAAGGGCAGGGAAAACAAGAAAGAUUCCCUUCAGCACUGACAAGCUGUUCCUUGGCUCUGAACAUUUAGGCCAAAAAUCGGAUACUUAAGGUCUAGGCUACUAAAUUCAGAGUUAGUCCCUGAUCUUGCAAAGACUUGCACACAAACUUAGCUUUACUCACGGCUUUAGGCAGCUGCGUCAGAGGGGCAAAGCAACUCCAGGUUUAACCGUAGUCACUUCUUCGCCUGGGAAGGCAUUUUUCUUCAUCUCUCUCUCUUUCCCAGGGUUUACAGGAUCAUUUGCUAAACUCAUCAUGGCAUGCCCUUCGCCAGGCACUCUGCCACGCUGAGCACUUUGGAUGGCUCCACCCUGGGGAUCUUCACAAACAAAUAGCUACGUUGGGAAAUAAGCCAACUCCCCCGCUGGGGUCUGUAAGAAAUCCACUUCCCCCCUGCCCUAGGAUAGUAUUGCACAGGAGGACGGGGGUGUUUGGGAGAGGCCAAGGGCUGGGAAGUCCCCGCCUCCUCGGCUGUGUUAAGUGUAGGUUUAAUCAAUGUCAGAAGCAGGGUAUUGGGCUAAACAGAGCAGUGUUGUGGGCUAACGUGGCAAUCCAUGUGUUUAAGGGCAUGCUGACUACAUAGGGUGUAGAGAAGUCCUGGGAUGUGCCUGGUCUUCAUUGGAAGGGUUGGUAAAGUCAAUGGUCACAUUCACUGAUUAGUUUUUCCCCAUUUCAAAUACCCUGUUGCUCGCCCAUCUGCUGACUCGAUGGCGAGACAGUCAAGAGGCUCCUCGCCUGUCCCCUUCCUUGGCAAUUGUGCCUCUUGGCACUAAGCAGGCGUAAUGACACGCCCGUGCGGCAGCUACCUUGCCCCCGCCAUGCAGAAGUGAUUUGCAGACUCCUGCACGCUGAGACAGUGAUGGGUAAUGUGGAACUGUUCUCUGUACGGUGCGAUUAUCAGCAACUGGUAAAUCAGCUCUAUGUCUUUAGUGUUGGCUAUUUCUUGUCCUGGAAGUGUACUUCCCCAUCAACUUGCACUUGUGUGUCUGAGCCCCUACCCUGCAGUCCUUCCUCAGGUCAAAGCCCCAUUGACUACAAAGACUAAGGGCUGCUGGAUUGUAAAGAUGUGGGCACCACACUGGGCCUGGCACUGUAAAUUCCCUUGUGGCUGAAGGGACUUUUCUGGGAAAGUUCAGAUCUCAGGCCCGUUGCUCCGCAGGAUACGUGUGCAGCUUGAAAGGGCCAGGGAACCCUUGACUUGUGUACAGUGGAACUUUCACUGUCCAACCCAGAUCUUGUGGGCUGAUGCAAACCGACCACAUUCACACCCGAGCUUCCCUGUGUAGACAAGCCCACGUGUGGGAGCGGCGGGGGUGGAGAGUGGUACAUAGUUGCUGGAUUGAGCAACAAGGGGAGAGGAGUGCUGGGGGCUGUGACUCUCCAGACCGACUCCAGGCGCUCAGGGUUAGACACGCCGCUAGGGAAGAAUAACUGGGUGCUGCCCUCCCCGCCUGCAGUGCACAGGGGUCUAGUUAUUGGAUUGGGUUCCAGGCCAGCCAGACCCCUUUGUGUGAACGCUCUUGAUUCCUGCUACUAGUUGUUUAUGGUCAAUCAGGGCUUUUCACCCACCAUCAUUUCCCGGAGCAGCCACUAUAGCAAGCCCCAGCUGCAAAAUCCUCCCCUCCUGUGACUGGGAGAAGACGGGGCACUUUUCCCCCAGCCUGUUAGCUGGUGCCACAGACUCUGAGGAACGUGGGAAAGGCGCCCAGUGAGGGCAGAGGAGACCUGCUCUGUCUAUGAUGCUAAACAACCACCCUUGACUGUGGGGCAGGCACCUUCCUUGCCUCUUUGGCUUUGCAGGUCCAGGAGUGGAGGCCCAGACACCCAUGACAUAAGCCACGUGGUGCGACAUUAUUCCUAAACUGUCAGCAAUCCUGCUGCAAUGGGUCCCUUCUGGCUGCAUAUUCCAAGGGAGGAUUUGUGUUUGUCUGGGAUUCCUGCAGUUCCUCACGGACUAUUUGUAAUGAGGGGCGGGGUCUUAUUUACAGGGGUGGGGCCUAUUUCACAGAUAGCAAGGCCCAGCUUCUUACAUCAAGGCUUCACUUACAGAAAGGCAGGAAACAUACAAGACCGGUUGUCUCCUGCUACUCCAGCUUGUUGUGUUUUUCUCCCUAAACAUGUGGCCCACCCUGCUCCCUCAAUUCAGGGGACACAGUUGGGAUGAAAGGUGGAGAAGCAGGGGGAACCUGCAAGGAACGUGGUUUUCAGUUCUGUAGAUGUGGUCACCCCAUCUCAGAAAAGAUCUAUUGGAAUUGGAAAAGGUACAGAGAAGGGCAACAAAAGUGAUUAGGGGGAUGGAACAGCUUCCAUAUGAAGAGGGGUUAAUAAGACAGGGACUUUUCAUCUUAGAAUAGAGACGACUAAGGGGGGAUAUGACAGAGGUCUAUAAAAUCAUGACUGGUGUGGAGAAAGUAAAUAAGGAAGUGUUAUUUACUCAUCACAACACAAAAACUAGGGGUCCCCAAAUGAAAUUAAUAGGCAGC